UAUCUAGACAGUUCUGCGAAACAUUCAUCACUCUGCAUACAGAGGAAGAAUUAGGAUUACCUUUCUCUAUCUCUCUCUCUCUAGAUCUGAAUUCGGAAUUUUGUAAUCCUAAUCCUAAAUAUUUAGAAAUUUAUAGUUAAAUUUACUUCUAUAAUCUAUAUACAUUUUGCAUCUUUUAUAAAGUUAUUCUGGAGUGAACAUUUUUUUUUCUAUUAGGAUUAAUAAUUGAUUAGUUUUGGAUUCAAUUAGGGUUUUUUGUCAGUGAGUAACAAUGGCGGCUGUUUCUGCCUUUGAGGUUGGUUCAAUAUUUAUUAAUCAAUAUUAUCGAAUUCUUCAAGAGUCGCCAGAGUAUGCUUAUCGGUUCUACAAUGAAUCAAGUACCUUGACUCGUGUUGAUGGGGAUGAUACUCAAACUGUUUCUAACCUGGAGGCUAUCCACUCGGCACUAAUUUCUCUAAAUGUUAGCGAACUUGAAGUGACAAAGUUAAAUUGCCAAGAUUCAAUGAGUGGUGGCAUUCUGCUCUUUGUACAAGGCAUCAUGAGGUCUAGAACCUUUAGUGGGAAGAGGAGGUUCACACAGGCCUUCUUUCUAGCUCCCCAGGAGAAUGGUUAUUUUGUCCUCAAUGAUAUUCUUCAUUUUAACGAGGAAGUCGUACUUGGCCAACAUCCAGUACCAGAAACACCAGAAGUAAAUGUUGAUUCAGUAAUUCCUGAAUCGAGUCCCCGCUUGGAGCAGCCAGUGUCUAGUUAUGAGCUGGAGGAAGCGAGUAGGGAGUAUGUGAAUUCUAUUCCCAUUGAAGAAGAUAAUCCUGUGGACAAAUAUAGCCUUCUUGAAGAAGAGCAACAUGAAGAGCCUCAUAUAGAAUUAGAAACCAUUGUUCAAGAAGCCCCUAUCGAAGAGCCUGCUGCUCUUGUUGAGAGUACUGUCAACCAUGUGCACUAUGUGGAAGAGUCCAUAAUUGUUCCACCUGAAGUGACUGUUGGGGAACCUCCUAAACUAUCAUAUGCAUCCAUUUUGCAGGCAUCAAAAGGGAAGCCUUCACAAACAGCUGUUUCUAAAUCUAGUUUAAGACAGAGCGUACCUCCUCCAGUGGAGCAAAAACAAACGUUGCAAGCAAGGGCUCCAGAACUAAACCCAUCAGCAUCAUCAUUUGUGCCUGAGACCACUAGUGCUGGUUCAGAUGAAGGUUUAGUCCAAGAAAGUGAGCUGAGGUCUGUCUAUGUGAAAAACUUGCCCUCAAAUGUUACUACUGCUGAUCUUGAGAAGGAGUUUAAAAAGUAUGGUAGAAUCAAACCUAAUGGAGUAUUCAUUAGGAAUAAAAGGGAAAUUGGUGUUUGCUUUGCUUUUAUUGAAUUUGAAGACAUGGCUGGAGUUCAAAAUGCAAUCAAGAGUUCUCCAAUAGAGUUGCUGGGUAGACAAGUUUACAUUGAAGAGAGGAAACCAAUCAGCACCAGCAAUACCCGUAUUGGAGCUGUAGCAAGAGGCAGAGGCCGAGGUAGUUACCCAAAUAGCACGCCAAGGGGACGUGGCGGCAUCAGAAACCCUGGUCGAGGUAUCCUUGACAGCAACAACCACAAUACGAUUAGAGGCAACGGCUAUUAGCAGCUUACUCACAACACCCGAAUACAGUGCAUGAAGAAACCAUUUUCUGAAACCGGGAAGGGGAAACGCGAUGUGUAAUGCUCCCAUCAAUUGUCUUUGCUUUAGGUGUUUUUAUACGUUUUGCUGUUCGUGUGAACGUUUAGGUUUCUACCCCUUGAUUUAGGGACAUCAAAUUUUUACAUCAGGGUUUUGAUCCCCAUAUCUUUUUCAUCUUUAUGGGGAUUUUUUUCUUCAAUUUUGUACUAAAGGUUUUGGUCCAUCUUGUAUUGAUUUUGUGGUAUCUAAAUUUUGGUUGAUCAGCUAAUGAGAUAAUUGUUAAGUUUGCUCUUGA